CUCUUUUAUCAUAUUUAUUAAGUUUAGUGUGUGCCUUUAUCUACCCAACUCUUCCAAAAAAGAACGUAAAGAUGUUCAUGCGUUUUUACGCAGCGCCUUAGCCAAAAAGAAAAUGUGGACUGUUGCCUUAUACUGGCUUCUGAAAACGUAAUAACUCAACUUUAAACAGCAUGAAAAUGGCAUGAAUGAUUUAUUAUCUUUGCGCUUGUUGUCUUGCGGUGAGUGUACUGAAUAACAACUUUACAAAAUGCAAGCGUUAUCUUUACGCAUUGUUCCGUAAGUGGAGAUCUGACAGGAAUACAAUCUAACUUCACUUUAUGUCAACUAAUGGCCACUGUAGGCGAGUGUAAGUGCGAAAAAGGAACGCAUCAAUAAAUUAUGUUAAUCAGUCUGGACAGAUUGGAGGCGUGUUGUGGCUGUAAUGAGGGGGAGCAUGCCUGCACCGUGGAAAAGCUGCGAGUGGUAAUGCUGCCUCCACUACAUGCGCGCUGUUUCUAUUUCCCCAGUCUCUCUUUCCACUUUAUUGCGCAUAAUAGCAAUUUCCUCUGCUGUAGACUACUGUGCAAGGCUCGGUGCAACAAGUUUGCAGAAGCCCCCCGACGCGCCGUCACACAGGUUGACUCGCUUUGGCUGGAGCGGAGUGGGCUUCACUAAACUAUCUGUCACCGUCGCAGGCACACGCACUCACACUGAACAGUGUGCCAUAAAUUCGUGACUCCGCGCCAGAUGCAGUUUGCUCCCAACAGCGUGUAGUUGUAGUUAAAUGAAGACCGCGCAGGCGAGAGGAGCAUCUAAGUGCGUGGAAAAAAUGGAGAAAGAAGUGGCGCCUCAGAAGCGACAAUAUUGUCGCACCACAGUGCUGAACAUAAUCUCGUCAUUAUGCUCAGUGGCGUCCAUCGCCUUUUGUAUUAUUCUGAGCAUUAACACAACUGAUAUUAAGAACCGGGUUGUGGAUUUGGAGAGUGGGAAUGGCGAGCACACCUUCAUCCGUGCCCCUGGCUACUCUAUGGAUGAUUUUAAUUCAUUGAUUCAACAAAGAGUGAAUGAGCUGCUCUCUCAGCGCUCCUAUGAAAAUUUAGUCAAGAUUCGGACUGCCAGACAAGCGUCACCUGAGUGCAGCUGCCCUCCAGGACCUCCGGGAAAGCGAGGAAGAAGAGGCCGCAAUGGAGAACCUGGACCUCCUGGUCCUCCAGGUCCGAAGGGUGACAAGGGGGAUCAAGGCGACCAGGGACCACGGAUGGUCUUCCCUAAGAUCAAUCAUGGCUUUCUUUCCGCUGACCAGCAGCUCAUAAAGCGGCGGCUCAUUAAGGGAGAUCAGGGACAAGCAGGACCACCCGGGCCUCCAGGGCCACCGGGCCCACCUGGCCCCCGGGGGCCUCCAGGGGACACAGGAAAGGAUGGGCCCAGAGGUAUACCUGGUCUGGCAGGUGACCCAGGGCAGGCUGGAGAAACAGGACCCAUGGGACCUGAGGGGCCACAGGGGCUAAAAGGUUCACUUGGGCCUCCUGGUAUCCCAGGUAUCGAUGGACUGAAGGGGGAUGUUGGCAUCCCAGGAUUGGACGGUGUCCCUGGAGCCAAGGGUGAAAUGGGAGAGCGAGGUGAAAAGGGCGAUAUGGGUGAAGAAGGGCCGAAAGGUGAUAUGGGGGAGAAGGGAGAUGCAGGCUCUUCUGCAGCAGGCAUCAAGGGUGAACCUGGAGAACCUGGACGAAGUGGACACAAGGGAGAGCCAGGACUUCCAGGGCUGCCUGGACUCCCAGGGAUAAAGGGUGAGCCUGGAUUCCUUGGUCCCCAGGGAGAGCCAGGGCUCCCAGGACUCCCAGGAACUAAGGGUGAGAGAGGCGACCAUGGGCCACAAGGAAAGGGUGAACGAGGUGAAAUUGGACCCGUUGGACCAAAGGGUUCACAAGGAGAGGCUGGCACACCCGGUCCUAAAGGGUCAAAGGGGGAGACUGGAGAUAAAGGAGAUUUGGGAUCUGUCGGUCCAAAGGGCCCCCCUGGGCAGAAAGGAGACCAAGGAGCCACUGAAAUCAUCGACUACAACGGCAACAUUCAGGAGGCUUUACAGAAGAUUACCACUAUUACAGUAACGGGUCCUCCUGGCCCUCCUGGGCCAAUUGGACCAGAGGGUAUAAAGGGGGAUCGUGGUAUGCCCGGCCUGCCCGGACUCGAUGGAGAAAGAGGCUACAAAGGCUCUAAGGGAGAUAUGGGAAUGCCUGGAGCUUCAGGGGAAAAAGGAACGACUGGUUUACCUGGUUUACCUGGUGUCAACGGAGUAAAGGGGGAUAAGGGAGAUUCAGGUCUACCUGGUCCUCAAGGUCCUUCAGUCAUCGGCACUCCAGGGGCACCAGGGCCCCAUGGUCCACCAGGACCUAUGGGACCUCAUGGAUUCCCUGGACCAAAGGGGGAACCUGGUUUGCAUGGUGUGAAGGGCAUGCGUGGGGAACCAGGCCACAAAGGGGACCGUGGACCAUUAGGUCUCCCGGGAGCCUCCGGCUUGGACGGCAAGCCCGGAAUUAUGGGCAUGGACGGGCCUCCGGGUCCAGCUGGUCCAGCUGGGCCGAAGGGUGACAGAGGUGAGAGAGGGGCACCAGGAGAGCCAGGACCAAGGGGACCUUAUGGACUACCUGGAGCUGCUGGAACACCAGGCUUGGAUGGUUUACCAGGCUUAAGGGGAGAGAAAGGCGACGUUGGGGAAAGAGGAGAAAAGGGUUUCCGGGGAUUUAAGGGUGAAAAGGGGGAACCAGGGCAGCCAGGUCUGGACGGGCUGGAUGCCCCAUGCCAAUUGGGCCCGGAUGGAUUACCAAUGCCUGGCUGCUGGCAGAAGUGAUCACUCUAACCUGAAACGCAUGGAGUUUGUAAAUAAUGCUUCUUUUAUGGUAUUUAUAGUUUUUUUAAUG